AUGGGCCUGGAAAGUGCACCGUUUCUGUUGCUCGAUCCAGCGCACGACGCGUUUGUCGGCGCGCGCGAGCACGGGACGCUGCCCAUGACGGCGUACAUGCAGCAGGGCACGACCAGCGUACCGUGCAAAGUGUCCCUCGCCACAUCGCCUGCGGAGCGGAUCGUGCUCAGCGACACGAAUCAGCGCGCAAGCAUGCUGGGCCAUAUGGACGAGGCGUCGGACCCGAAUGCAGAGACGCGCACGGCGCUUCUCGCGUCCCUAGACGUGGAGCGCAGCGCCGCUGCUACGCUGCAUUCGCGCCUGUGUGCGGCAAUAGCGUACGUCGAGUCCGUUUACCGAGGCGAUGCACUGCACAACCACGUCAUCCUGCGCGCGCUCGCAGCAGCGGUCGCGAACCAGCACAGCAGCGACCCUGCCGAUUUUACCGCGGCACAAGAAAAGCUCGUCGACCUUGGCGCGUUUGCGCACGAGCCCCGUCGGUAG